UAGUAGCAUGUGCAGAUAAAGAUUGGAAAUUCGAAACAUACGUGCAUGACUGUCCUCGUACAAAGAAUAGCAGGCAGUUUAUUAUCCUGCGAAGCGAUAGUCUAUUUCCAGCUAGAAGAAGGGUAGAUCAAGUGUCAUGUCAGGAGGAGCGUCCAGCAUGGAGUCAGUACAGGCUCUGAUAAUUCAACGGGAUGACAUGGAGGAGAAAGUCAAGAGCAAUUUGGAGUUGCUCAAUGGCUACGGAGUGGGCAUGGAUGCACCCCUGGUCGACCGGGAAGGUUAUCCACGCCAGGACCUGGACCUACCUGCCAUUCGCGCUGCACGUAACACAGUUCACUGCCUGCGUAAUGAUAUCAGACACAUCACCUUAGAAAUAGAAAAGGGCCUGUUGGUUGUUCACCAGCGUGCAAGGGAGGCAAAGGAGGAACUUGCUAGAGCGGGUGCAUCAGCUGAGGAACAAACACAACUGGUGAAGAAGGCAGAACUUCUUCCUUUUGCCGAUAUUCAAAUAAUUUCUGAUGGUUCUCCUGCAAAGAGAGCCGGCCUCGCAGAAAAUGACUUGCUCCUAAAAUUUGGCAGCAUUACUGCCACUAACUUCUCUGGCAUGCAAAGUAUUGCAAAGCUGGUUAGCGAGAGUGAAGAUAGGCCGUUGCAGGUGGCUCUGCUGCGACACGGAUCACGGAAAGAUGUCAUCCUUAAGCCGCAGCGCUGGCGCGGGCAGGGUUUGCUCGGCUGUAAGAUUGCCCCUCUGCCGAAGAAAUAGACAACGGGUAGUCGUAAUCUGGCCACUGGUCAGUUCAGGUACCUUCUGCCUGAAAUCAGCAGCAUACCUCCAAGAGUUUCCACCGCUACCGGUACUAGUACGUAUACACGCACGUGAUCUGCGGAGAACCUGAACAAGGCUCACCUGCUGGCUUCAUGCUUAUCCUGAUCUGGGCGUGGCUGAUUUGCCCAUACCAUCGCCAUGUUUCCGACUUGAAUCGGAGCCGACUCUCUGUUGCCAUCGGCCCGGCGCGUUGCAAAUAUGGCAACAGGCUCUGUGUUCACUGCACCGCCCCUGCUCGCAUGGGGUGUGUGUGUUCACUGCACCGCCCCUGCUCGCAUGGGGUGUGUGCAUUUGUGCACACCACUCGCGCUGCCCUUCAGCUAUGACUGUACUCAGUGGCUGUGACCAUAGCACAGGUACUAGCAGCCGAUGUGAGUAUCCUUGCAUGUGUGUGUGUGUGUGUGUGUGUGUGUGUGUGUGCGUACUGGUGGCACGAAUAUGUUCCACAGCGAUUCUUCAUCUUGGAGAUGGGCUGCACUGGUUAGUACUGUCUGCUGUUCAACAUGUUGGAAUGCGCACUGCUAGCCAGUCGACAUGGUACUGCAGGAUAUGCCAGGACAUACUCCCUAUGUAGUGCAGUGCGGCUGAUGAACUGUGGAAAGAAUCCAUGCAUGACGCGGACAGUAUCACACUGGUGAGGUGUACUGUGUUGCACAACUAGAUUUUGGAGAUUGGACUGGCAAUGGUGGUGCCUCCGCAGUAGCUAUACUUUCUGUUUCUUCUUCUUUAGGCGAUUACUUUCUACGCCAAUCAGUGACUCCUGGCUGGAUAGAACACUCUCAACCUGAUGUGUUUGGAAAGCAUCUUGGAAACCUGGCAUUUUUGAUUUUUUUCAUGAAGGCGCAGCUGUGCUGCUCAAUGGAAUGACAGGGAAUUAUCCGCACAAUGUUUUACCUGUAUGCAGUGUACAUGUAGGUAACUGGCUGGCCUAGAAUACCUUCUUUGGAAUAUUCACGUACGUUACAGCAAGAGUACAUGACACCAUGCUUCAUGGUUAUGUACUCUUGAUGACAGUCAUAUAUUUGCUGAAUUUACUUUUUAGAUUGGAUCUGCAAAGGAUUUUAGUGGAAAAUGGACUCUGAUUUUAGAUGUUCAUUGCAUUUUUUCACUAGAAACUGGAGUUGGCAGUAACUUUUUUUGACUAGAUUCAUACAUUACCUACCUUUCUGUGGCUUGCUCUCCUGCCAACUUUACGAAAUAUCCCUACUUUGAUAUUCUUUUUAAAGAUGUGAUCUGCCUCAUGUACAUCGAAACUGCGGUGUAACUUA